CUGAACUGGUUUCAAACCGAAACUGAUUGAAUUCAAACCAAUCAAAGUAAAACCCGGUUCUAAACCGGUUUGGGUUUGAAAAAAAACCGAGAUGUGCAUCUCUACUCUCUGAUGACGUUCAAAACCGGUUCUAGACCAGUAAAAAUAUUCCCUUGUGUGACGACCCUCAUUACCUGAGAGGCACGACAAGAACAAUAAUCUAGGGGCUAUUUAUGCACUCCAGUCAACCGUUACUUGAUCUGCAAAACCCUCAAAUGUGUGGCUGUUAACUGAUUGACCUGAGAGUGUAGGUAAGGUGUUUGUUGAAAUGACUCAAUAGGACCACUGUUGUUUUAAUUGUUGGUAGUAGAGUUUUAUGGCUGUUAAUUGAUUGACCUGGGUGUGUAGUGUAGGCAAGGUGUUUGUUGAAAUGCUUCAGCCACUUUUACGCCGAAUCAUCAAUCCCAACAUCAAACUCACUCACUCACUUGAUAACAUUCCUCGGUUUCUGAACUGCAUCAGUAAGGCUGCAGAGGAGGAAGAGAAGACAGCAGCAGCAAUCACCGUCGUCUGCAAAUCAUUCCCGAAUAAUCUGAACUGGCAAACCCUGAACCGAAACCUCAAGAAAACCGAUAUCCGAAACUCAUCCAUCAUCAACAGAGUACUCAUUCAACUCAAAGACCCGCCAAAUGCUAAAAAGGCAUUAUCUUUCUUCCACUGGUCUUCCCAUUUCACCAACAUCACACACCAAACAAACAUGUACGCUCUUGUUAUACACAUUUUGGUUAAAGCCAAGCUGAUCAAAGACGCCAGCGCGCUAAUUGAAUCGGUUCUCACCCGCUCUGUAACCGGUAAUGGUGUGCUCCCGUUGGUACAUUCGUUUAUGAAUAGUUAUGAGGUUACUGGUUCUAGUCCAUUUGUGUUUGAUGUGUUGGUACAAAUUUGUUCGAAGUUGCGGAUGAUUGAUGAAGCCAUAGACGUGUGUGUUUGUGUGGGUGAACAUGGGUUUAGAUUGAACGUGAUCAGUUAUAAUACUUUGCUGCACGUGAUUCAAAAAUCGGAUAAAACCGAGUUGGGUUGGAGGGUUUAUGAGCAUAUGAUUGAGAACAGAACGUACCCGAAUGAGAAGAGUGUUGAAAUUAUGGUCGAUGCGUUGUGUAAAGAGGGAAAGUUGAAGAAGUUUGUUGAUAUGAUUGACAGGAUUGAUCAGAAGAGAUGCUCGCCGAAAGUGAUUGUUAACACAUGUUUGGUUUUCAGGAUGAUUGACGAGGGCAGGAUCAAAGACGGGUUGGUUUUGUUGAAGCGGAUGUUGAUGAGGAAUAUGAUUCUUGACACCGUUUCGUGUUCUUUGAUUGUGUAUGGUAAGAUAAAGCUUGGGGAACUGGAAACCGCAUGGAAGGUGUAUGAUGAAAUGGUUAUGAGAGGAUUUAAGGCGAAUUCGUUUGUGCAUACAUCCUUUAUCGGCGCGUAUUGUGAGGCUGGAAAGGUUGAGAAUGCAGGUGAAGUGUUUAACGAUAUGGAACGUGAUGGUUUGCAGGUUUAUGACGAGACUUACACGCAUAUGAUCGUUGGUUGUUCGAAAGCUGGAAAAGUUGAAGAAAGCUUGAAUUUUUGCGAGAGAAUGUUGCAGAACGGAUUCAUUCCGAGUUGCUUGGCUUUUAAUGAAGUGGUUGAGAGGCUAAAUGGACAUGAGAGUGUUCGUCGAGCAGAUGACGUGUUGACCCUUUUGUUAGAUAAAGGGUUCAUGCCGGAUGCAAAUACAUAUUCUUAUAUUAUCGCAGGUUAUGGAAGAGAAGGUGAUGUUGAGGGAGUUCUUAAGCUUUACUAUGAAAUGGAAUAUAGGAAACUCUCUCCCGGUGCAUCGGUGUUUACAUGGUUAAUCGUUAGUCUUUUCCGAGCAGGGAGAUUGGAAGAAUCAAAGAAAUAUAUGAGGAUAAUGAAAGCUCGAUCUUUAGUCCCGUUGGAUUACACAUAUGAUGCGUUUAUUUUUAGCCAUCGAAUGGACAAGAACACCAAGCCAAACCAAUGUCAACCAUGUAGUUGAUUUUGGACUUGGAACCCGAAUGUGAUGUGUUAUAACAUUACUUGUAAUUCAUGAUGACAAGAUAUUAACA